UUCUUCGACUACACCGAGGGGGAGUAAAAAGAAGGGUGGGGUUGCAAAUCGAUCAGUGCGAUUAAUCGUCAUUUGCGGGCUGAAUUGUCCCAAAGAACCAAAAUAAGUUAUUUUUUCUUCACCAAAACAAACAGAUAACUAGCUGCGUAGUAGGCUGAGGCGAAAACAAAUGCAGAGGAAACACGGUCUGACAGCUUAACGGAAAUAUCGGAAGUGCGACUAAUUUUUUGUUGGUAAGAAAUGCCGCCAAAUAUUGUUUCCACGCCGCGUACGGUGGAUGAAUUGGCGAAGGAGUCGAAGCAGACGGGCGUACUCUUCGAAUGCGAUGCCGACACUCCCGACGGCGCACUGGCCGGGAAUGUGCGUCAAUUCCAGAAGGCGGAGAAGCGCAAGCUAAAGCUGGUUUGGCGCAACAUUGUGCUCUUCGCAUAUUUGCAUUUGGCUGCUCUGUACGGGGGCUAUCUGUUCUUUUUUAAGGCCAAAUGGGCAACAGUUUUCUUUUCCAUACUUCUGUACACUUGCGGCGUGCUGGGCAUCACGGCCGGAGCCCAUCGUCUCUGGGCCCAUCGCUCCUAUAAGGCCAAGUGGCCGCUACGCCUGAUUCUGAUCGUGUUCAAUACGAUCGCCUUUCAAGAUGCGGCCUUCCAUUGGGCUCGCGACCAUCGCGUACACCACAAGUUCUCCGAGACCGAUGCCGAUCCACACAAUGCCACGCGCGGCUUCUUCUUCUCCCACAUUGGCUGGCUGCUGUGCCGGAAGCAUCCGGAUGUGGUGGCCAAGGGGAAAAGUUUGGAUUUAUCUGAUCUCCGCGCCGAUCCAAUAGUCAUGUUUCAACGCAGACACUAUAUGGUGCUAAUGCCCUUGGCUUGCUUCAUUCUGCCAACGUUGUUGCCGAUUUACCUUUGGGAUGAGAGCUUCUUUAAUGCCUGGUUUGUGGCCACCAUGUUCCGUUGGUGCUUCCUCUUGAAUGUUACCUGGUGUGUGAACAGCGCUGCCCAUAAGUUCGGCGGACGUCCCUACGACAAAAACAUAAAUCCCUCGCAAUGCCCUGCUGUGUCGGCCUUCACUUUUGGCGAGGGCUGGCACAACUACCAUCACGUCUUCCCCUGGGACUAUAAGACCUCCGAAUGGGGAAAGUACUCCAUGAAUAUGACCACAGCGUUCAUUGAUUUCUUUGCCAAAAUUGGCUGGGCCUACGAUCUAAAAUCGGUGGCUCCCGGGACUAUUGAGCGCCGCGUACGUCGCACCGGUGAUGGCACCCACGAGCUUUGGGGCUGGGGUGAUAAAGAUUUCAGUGCUGAGGACGAGAAAGAUGUGCUAUUUGUUAAGAAGGAGGCGAAGUAAAGUUAAUGCCUCUCGAUAUCGCUUUAUUGCAUUCAACUACCUUACAACAAAGUUGUUCAUUUAUGUUUCCAUUUCUUGAAUUGUAAUAAAUGGCCAAUUGGCAAAUGGUUUAAUGGCA